AUACAGCCGUGAACCGGUGCUGUUGUGUGAUCACUCAACAUCGACCCUGAUGGUGCGGAAGGUCUCCGAAGAGCUUUGAUUGAUGAAUUAGCACUAUGAUUAAGGAGCUUAAAGCUGCUCAUCAGGAGGUAUAAAGGAGGUCGCCAACUGCGCGCUUCUCAUUAAGGAACUUGGCCGUGUAACAAUACCGGAUCUAGUCUUUCGAAACUUCCAAAAUGGCCGCACAAAAUGGCACAAACGAGUCGAAUGGCCACUCGCCCAUCCAACCCCACGAACUGAACACAGACCCGGACCGAGUUCUUUUCGCCUACUGGGUCCCCAACGUGUCCGGCGGCCUCGUGAUCUCCAAGAUCCCACAACGCACCUCCUGGGAUCUUAAGUCAAACACGCGCUACGCGCAGAAGGCCGAGAGCGUAGGCUUUGAGUACGCGCUGACCCAAAUCCGCUUCACAGCCUCGUACGGUGCGGCAAACCAGCACGAAUCCGUGACCUUCUCGCAAGCUCUUCUUCACCAGACAGAGCGGCUUAAGCUCAUCGCUGCGAUACUGCCGGGACCCUGGAACCCGACCAUUGCCGCGAAACAAAUCGCUAGCAUCGAUAACUACACCAAUGGGCGCAUUGCGGUGAACAUCGUCUCCGGCUGGUUCAAGGGCGAGUUCACGGCUAUCGGGCAGUGGUGGCUCGAGCAUGCCGAGCGGUACAGGCGGAGCCGGGAGUUCAUCGAGGCGUUGAAGGGCAUCUGGACCGCAGGAGACGAGGGAUUUACAUACGGAGGCGAUUUCUACCAGUACAGAGGGUACAAGCUGAGCCCCAAGCCAUUGAGGUGGGAGGGGCGAGAGCAUCCGGAGAUCUUCCAGGGCGGCAACAGCGACGAUGCACGCGAUAACGGAGCGCAGGUCAGUGACUGGUAUUUCAUGAACGGGAAUGAUCUGGACGGAUUCAGGACGCAGAUCCAGGACGUCAAGGAAAGGGCCAGGAAGGUGGGGCGCGAGCAGCAUGUGCGUUUCGCAGUGAACAGCUUCGUCAUCCUCAGAGACACGGAAGAGGAGGCAAUUCAGGUGCUCGGCGAAAUCCAGGGCAAGGCGGAUAUCGAGGCUGUUGAGGCGUUCCGCGACGCGGUGCAGCAGGCGGGCGCCAGCACGGGGAAUAAGAAGGGGAUGUGGGCGGACUCCAAGGUACAAGACUUGGUUCAGUAUAAUGAUGGGUUCAAGACAAAAUUGAUCGGGACAAAGGAGCAGAUUGCUGAUCGCAUCCUGUUGCUGAAGAGCUUGGGUGUCAAUCUAGUGCUGGCGGCCUUUCUGCACUACGAGGAUGAUAUCGAGGCGUAUGGUAGGGAGGUGCUGCCGUUGGUGAGGAAGCUGGAGGCUGAGGGGCGCGGCAAGGAUGCUGAAGAUGAGAUUGCAAGGACUGGCGAUAUUUACAGGAAGUAGGGUAUCGUUUUUGGGUAUCGUUCUUGGGUAUCGUUCUUGGGUAUCUUUCUUGGGUAUCUUUCUUGGGUAUCUUUCUUGGGUAUCUUUCUUGGGUAUCGUUCUUGGGUGUCGUUCUUGGGUGUCGUUCUUGGGUGUCGUUCUUGGGUGUCGUUCU